AUGGCGCAGGUUCACGUCGAUACAUCGGCGAGGGAGGGUGAUCGCAGGGGUAACGAGACGUGGGCGACGCGGUACAUGCUCCUUCUCUGGCUUUCCAUCAUCGCAAUCAUCCCGUUCGAGAUCUCGAGGUUCGACAGCGGCGAAGGAAGGAAGCCAAUGAUGGAACGAAUCCUCAAUGCGGGGAAGGUGAGGGUGGACAUGGUUGCAUCGAUGGCUGGACUGAACGUCCUCUCCGGAAACCUAUCAGCGUUGUCACUGAUAUUCAAACACGGAAAAAGAGAGGAUCUCAUACCAUACGCUGUGAAAAUCUUGUGUCGGCUGUCAGACAUAGACCUGAUUUCACACAAGAACAGUAUUCUGAGAAAGCUGAACAUAAAGGUCACACAGCGGCUUGGGCUGACGUUCCUGAAGCCGAAACAAGCCGCGUGGAGGUAUAAGAGAGGCAAUCGGACUCUGGUGCAAAACCUUCAGAAGCAGCAGGUUGAGAGUGACUCAACUCUGCACAUUGAAAAUCCAGAGGAAGAGGACUACGAUAUCCCCGAUGAAAUCGAAACUGUGAUAGAGUUAUUGCUGACCGGACUUAGAGAUAAGGACACCAUCGUGCGAUGGUCGGCAGCCAAAGGGGUUGGUCGUGUGACGGGGCGUCUGCCGCGGGAGCUAGCGGACGACGUCCUCGGCUGCGUACUGGAGUUGUUCAGCAUUGUCGAGACGGACUCGGCGUGGCACGGCGGCUGCCUCGCACUCGCUGAGCUCGGACGUCGCGGCCUGCUGCUGCCGACGCGACUCGCUGAAGUUGUGCCGGUCGUGAUCAAGGCUCUCAUGUACGAUGAGAGGCGUGGCAACUUCUCCGUGGGUGCUCACGUGCGCGAUGCUGCCUGCUAUGUCUGCUGGGCGUUCGCGAGAGCGUACGAUCCCGCCGAGAUCCAACUGUUCAUCGAUGACAUCGCACGGGCGUUGAUGAUUGUGACUGUGUUCGAUCGAGAGGUGACCUGCAGACGCGCUGCCGCCGCUGCAUUCCAGGAGAACGUGGGAAGACAGGGUCAGAUUCCACACGGCAUCGACAUUCUAACGACGGCGGACUACUUUGCUGUUGGAAACAAGGUGAACACGUUUUUAAACAUCAGCGUCUACAUCGCGCAGUUUGACGAAUACACGCGGGCGCUGAUCGAUCAUCUCAUUGCCGUGACGAUCAGACACUGGGACAAGCCUGUGAGAGUGCUGGCAGCGCAGUCUCUUCACCGCCUCACGCCCCGCGCUCCCGCGUACAUGUCAGAGACCGGUGAGCAUCCCCCCUCUCUUUCUCUCACACUAAU